AUGAACAUUCAAUCUGAGUCGUCGGCCAACGAGCCAACGACGCCUGUGGCGGUAAAGCGAUCGCACUCGCCUGACCAAGUCGCGCUUUAUGACCAAGCAGCUGAGCAUGCAAAGCGCGCACGUAUACAUUCACGACCACAUUUUGCUGACGCCUACCUCGAGUGCUUGUCAUCGUCUGAACUGAUUCGCAUCAUUCGUCAGAUUGAACAGCUUCUUCAAGAUACCCCACAUGCUGCCGAUGUGUAUGCAUUAAUAUACCCAAAUAAUAUCGAAGAACGUGUGACUGCGAGCCGACGUGAGCUAGCUGCGUCGUCCAUACAGACGGAUCAUUCUUUGCGUACUUCUUCAGAGCCACCACAUUCAUUUCCGUCAUCAUCAGCACAUAUUUCUCCGCCUUUAUCCUCGGCACCACCAUUAUUAUCUUCACAUGUGCCGCAUGUCCCAUCUCCUCUCCAUGCAGACACGACUACACAUUCUACGACUGACAAGGAGCCGUUGCACCAGCCUCCGGGACUGACUGUGCCUCCUGACUCAUCUGAACAAACAUCUACACCGACCAUACAGGUAUCUGCGUCAGUUGCACCACCGUCUCCGCCUCCGCAUACAGCGGCGGCCCCGUCGGCCUCAUUUUUGACUGAUUCUAGCGUUAUUUCGCUGGGUGAGCCACCAGCUGGCACCGCCAGUCGAUUGUAUACCCCGAUGAUUCCUGCCUCAACAACCGACCUUGGCACAUCUAUGACGAGCACCUCUGAACCCUUUAUAUCAUCGACAUCGACAACUACCAAUGUUACGGAGCCUGAGUCAGUCACAAACAAUGGCAACAUAUCAUCGCGUGUUGCUGCCAUUCUCGAAUCCAUCCAAAACACCAAUUCGUCUGGCCCGAUGCUCGGUUUGCAAGGCCAACCACUUGCGCCGUCCAAACAAGGAGGAUCUGGCUCUGGUAUGACAAGUGGUCUUUCGUCUUUAUUGAGCAAUUCAUUCCCAAAUGCAAACCAUCGCAUGCCUGCAAACUCGGCACUGUCACGUUUGCUCGAGCAGACGACGCCUGAUCCUGGGGGCAUCUCUUCUCCGGCUUCUGCCAUACCACCUGCUACGUCUACUGCUACUACCGCGUCGUCCUUACCCUCUGCGUCAUCUCUUUUAAGCAGUCUAACGACACGACCCGGCUUUUCUACAGGCAUCACUGCGACGGGCACGGGGCCUUCUGCAUUAGAUUAUACAAGUCUGUCGCAUGCAACAACACAAUCGAAUGCGGCAGCUACAAGUUCGGGGCUAACUUCGUCAUUCACACCCACGUAUGGGAUUCAUGACCCGCAUACAACUGAUGCAAAUGACUCAACACGUGAGCCGCCUAGAAUCACGAGCACCCUGCCGUCGUACGAAGACAUGAUCAUUGAAGGUCUUCAGGCUAUAGGUGACGUGAAUGGUACUCCGCCGCGCAUGCUUUUCCAUUGGAUGGAGGAUACUUAUCCGUUGAUGAAAAACUUUCGGCCGUCGGCGAGUCAGGCCCUCCAGAAAGCAUUUAAGCGUGGUCGUCUUCACAAGGCUGGCAGUCUGUAUCGGAUCAAUCCUCAUUGGGAUGGUAGCAAUGCAGGGCGUAAGCCCACCAGACGGCCGCAAAUCGGAAAGGAUCACCCCAUGAUGGUGAACGGUCCAAAAGGACCGGCGCCUGCCAGUCCGUUCAAAGCGCGUGCUCAAUUUGAAGGAGCAGCUGCAUACCGACAAUCGUCUGUGCAUUUGAACAGGCACAGAGGCUUGCGUCACCCAUCGACCUUGCGGCCAGGGCCGAAGCCUUAUGGUCAACCGGGUGCCGCUCCUUUGGAUAACCCAGCCAGCAGUAUUUUUCAGAACGGUGCCGCGGCUGCUGCGUUGUUGUUGGCGCACCAACAACGUUCGCGUGAUCAUAAUGGGACGGUGCCAUUGACAUCCCAGGAUCUUACCCCUACACUUACCUCUCUUGUUCGACAGCUGCGUGCUUCGCAAGGCACAGCAUUGCAAGGGGCUGACGGUAGUACACAAAGCACGUCAUCGCUUUCAAGUAUUCUCGCGUCGGCUCUGUUGAAGCAUGCGCAGCGUCCAUCUGAUGGUAGCGCGGCUAUAUCCGAUCCUAGCUCCUUGACUCCUAUGACGAACUCGCUGACGUCAACGUCUUCGCCAGUGCUGCAGUCUCUGUCGCGGCUUCUGGGCUCGGCACGAUCAGGUACGGGUGCACCCGGUUCUGGCGCAGACGCAGGCUCCAUCGACCAUGGAACGGGGCUUGGCGCUGGAUCCGCUCCUACACUUGGAAUGAGUACAGGUCCAGAUCCAAACCUAGGCUUGACCUCAUCUGCGGAACCUGUGCCAGAGCACAAGUCUUAUCUGCCGUUUAGCACGUCUUCCGUACCAUCUCCUGCGCCGCUGCCCGCGUCUGGACCUGGCUCGCUCUCUGCAUCGAUUGAAACUCUUGUUCGGCAGGCAACACGUGCUGCUACACAUCAAGUGUCUUCAGAUGAUUCUCUGACUAUUUCUGACCCGGCAAACGAGCCAAUAGAACCAGCACCUUCGGCGACACAGUCUGAUUUGGAUGCAGCCGUUUCAGAGACCUUGCAGGCAGCAUUCCAAGAAAUUGGACCGCAACACAAGCCAGCCUCCACAGAUGUCGUACCUGACGCAUCAAUGCAAGACCUCGAUACCAGUGAGCUCGACGGCAUCAAUUUGGAAGACUACAGCGAUGCUUUGCGUACGCUUACCGCUGCAUUGGCCGGUACACAUGGCGACGAUGGCGAUGAUGUCGACAUGAGCGGUCGUGAAGGCCAGAGUCAUGGUCACAACGGCGAGGACGAUGAUGAGGAAGCACAGCGACUCGCUGAUGAAAAAGCCAUUGCCGAUGCUGAAGCUGAUUUGUCAGAUGCCGAGGGCGGUGACAGCGACGGACAUGAGUCGGUGCCUGAUCAUGACAGACCUUAUGAGUCAGUGGGAUCGAAUCGCAUGGAAUCGCUCCUCAGGUCGUAUGGUAUUGACGUGUCAACAGAGGCCAUUCAGCAUUUGACCGAGACGCUGCGUGACCCAAACAUGUCGGUCUCUGAUCUGACAGACAACAAAGCGAUGCAGUCUGGAGCGACAGGUGCCUCUACGACUUGUGCAAGUGUAUCAUCAGCAUCCGAAGAGCCAACAUCUUCGUCGACAAAUACGCAUGUGCCACAGCCGUCUGCGUCGUCAGCGAAUGAUAGACACGUUCAGCCUCCACCCAGCGAUUCAGCGCCGUCUCUAAAACCCGAGGAAUCAUUUUCUCAUCACGAGUCUACUGUACCUAGACAAGAUCAGUCUAUCGCCACGGGGCUCAAAGAAGAAGCACAUACAUCCAAUUCAGCCGCGCCUACGACAACUUCGGCGACAUCUGCCUCUGAUUCACCUACCAUGCCGCUCCUUGAUCCGGAAGCCAGCGACGAAGCACAUAACCAAUCGAUCCAGUCCCAAUUGGAGGCACUUAUUGCAAGUCUGGCUGCUGACAGUGAGGGUUAA